GAGAAGAGUGCCCGCAAAUCUGGGAGGGGACAGAUGGGGCAUGAGAAUGGCAGGGUAUUCAAAGAGUGACAGGGUGGAGGGUGUGGCUGGAGUGGGCGGGUCUGGGCCACUCGGGGUCUGGAAGGGUCCUUGGAUGUCUCCUGAGGGCACAGGGGAGCUGUGGGAGGGGCAGGGGCAGAAAGAGGGGCCAUGUGAGGAUCCAGGGACUGGCACUGGUGGAGAUUUGGAGGCUGGAGGGAGGAGGCAGAGCGGAUGGGGCCUGUGCUACGGUCUGGCCAGUGGGAACCCAGAGGUAAGGCUGUGACAGAGAUUCAGGGGGCAGAGCGGGAGGGGAGGGGGAGAGAGGAGGGAAGACGCCCCACAGCCUCUGCGUAGAUGGUGCAAUGGCACUUGAGAUGGAGAGCCCGGGAAGGGGGUUGUGUUGGAGGGAAGACGCUGAGUUUAAGGGGAUGCAGGGCACUUGAGGCCCUGGGGGGCACGGAGAUGCAGCUAUGGGUCUCUGGAGAGGGACUGGGUGGGAGGGAGCCAAUCGAGACUUGGUUCUGAGGGCAGCAGGGAGCCAUGGGAGGAGUUGGAGCAGAGCGGGAGCAGGGUCAAAUGCAGGUGCUGCAGGCAGGACAGAGUGGACUCGAAGCCGGAAGCUGAGGAGGAGGAAGCCUGAACUGAGGCCAAGACCAUCAGAGGUGGGACUCUCUGAAGGGUCACCUCACCCUCCUCCAAGAAGUCUUCCUGGCUGCCUUCCCCACGGGUUUGCUACCACCGCGUUUCCACGGGGACUCCUUUCCCGCCACCUUCACCUCGCGUGUGGGGAGAGCAGAGGCAGAUGGGACCAGCUGACGAGGACCAGUGGGGUGGGGGUGGCUGGCUCUGCCGCUAGAUUGGGGGUGGGGGCACCUCCCUCUGGGUCUGGCUUCCUUCCCCGCCCAGGAAGCUACCAGUCCUGUCGGACUUGUCGACCUGGGAGGCACAGGUGCAGGUCCUGGAGUCUGGCUGCAGUGUCCUCACAGGUGCGGCCAGCACCAUGGACACCUCACGGGCUCUGCUGCUCUUCCUGCUCCUGGCCUCCGGAGCAGGGGUCGUCACCCACAGAGCCUCUUCUGGAGUUCAGCAAACCAAUUUCUCCUUGGACUCAGAAAGCUCUUUCCAGGGCCCAGGUUCGAAAGUCUCCUCCAUGAAACCCCCCGACUGGAAAUUUCCAGAGCCGUCUCCAGGCUCAAAAACCACUGCUGCUAUCCCUCAUUCCAAACGGUUUCCUGAGGCCUCAAAUUUUAACGACGUGCCUAGGUCAAACGUUUCUGCUGAGGGCCAAAAGUUGAGCCCGGAUCCUCCUACCGUCCCUGAGGUCCCUGGUUCCGAAGUAUUUUCUGAUAUCUUGGGUUCUCAAGUUCCUGCCGAAAACUCAGAGCCGUCCUCGGUUAAGACCCCAGCUUCAAACAUUUCUGCUCAGGCCCUGGAGGCUGAAGUUGAGACCCCAGGUUCACAAUUCUCCCCUAAGGAUCAGGACCUUAAAAUAUCUGCCCAGAACCCCGAAUCCAAAGUAACUGCAGUAGCCCACCCAGUGGAAAGCUUCCCCCAGCAGGUGGGGAGGCCUCUGUCGGUACUAGUGGGGACCACCAUCCAGCUCCCUCUGGUUCCAGUUCCCAGCCUUGGCCCUCCUGCGCCUUUGGUGGUCUGGCGCCGAGGCUCCAAGGUGCUGGCAGCUGGAGGCCUGGGGCCGGGGGCCCCCCUGAUCAGCUUGGAUCCUGCUCACCGGGACCGCUUACGGUUUGACCAGGCCCAGGGGAGCCUGGAACUUGCCUCUGCCCAGCUAGAGGAUGCUGGGGUCUACACUGCUGAGGUCAUUCGGGCUGGGGUCUCCCGGCAGAUUCGGGAGUUCAUGGUGGGUGUAUAUGAGCCCGUGCCCCAGCUGUCUGUGCAGCCCGAGGCCCCGGAGAUAGAGGAGGGGGCGGCCGAACUCAGGCUGCGCUGCAGAGGGUGGGGGCCGGGUCGCGGGGAGCUGAGCUGGAGCCGGGACGGACGCACCCUGGAGGCAGCGGACCCUGAGGGAGCGGAGCCACCGCGGAUCCGCUCAGAGGGCGACCAGCUGCUCAUCGGGCACCCUGUGCGAAGCGACCACGCCCGGUACACUUGUCGCGUCCGCAGCCCCUUCGGCCACGCUGAGGCUGCGGCCGACGUCAGUGUCUUCUACGGCCCGGAUCCUCCGGUCAUCAAGGUCUCCUCGGACCGCGACGCCACCCCCGCCCUCUAUGUCACCAAGGGCAGUAACGUGACCCUGCGCUGCUCCGCCGCCUCGCGGCCGCCCGCAGACAUCGCGUGGAGCCUGGCCGACCCGACGGAGGCCGCCGUGCCCGCCGGCCCGCGUCUCCUGCUGCCCGCGGUCGGGCCGGGCCACGCCGGCGCCUACGCCUGCCUCGCCGCGAACCCGCGCACAGGCCGCCGCCGCCGCUCUCUGCUCAACCUCACCGUGGCAGAUCUGCCUCCGGGGUCCCCACAGUGCUCAGUGGAAGGCGGUCCAGGGGACCGCAGCCUCCGCUUCCGCUGCUCGUGGCCCGGCGGGGUCCCCGCGGCCUCCCUGCAGUUCCAGGGUCUCCCUGAAGGCGUCCGCGCAGGGCCGGCGCCCUCUGCGCUCCAGGCGGCUGUCCCCGCUCACCCCCGGCUCAGCGGCGUCCCCGUCACCUGCCUCGCUCGCCACCUGGUGACCACGCGCACCUGCACGGUUACCCCGGAGGCCCCUCGGGAGGUGCUGCUUCGUCCUGCGGUGGAGGAAACACGGUCGGGGGAGGCAGAGGUGGCGCUGGAGGUCACUGGCUGUCCUCCACCAUCCAGAGCAUCUUGGGCCCGGGAAGGGCGGCCCGUGGCCCCAGGAGGAGGGGGUCGCCUGCGGCUCAGCCCAGAUGGGCGCAGGCUCCUCAUUAGCAACUUCAGCCUGGAUUGGGACCUGGGAAAUUACUCCGUGUUGUGCAGCGGGGCGCUGGGUGCCGGGGGCAACCAGAUCACCCUCAUUGGACCUUCCAUCUCCUCGUGGAGGCUGCAGAGAACCCGGGAUGCAGCAGUGCUGACUUGGGAUGUGGAACGCGGGGCCCUGAUCAGUGGUUUUGAGGUCCAGGCACGACCAGAAGGCCCCAACCCGGGUAGAGCCACCACCUACAGGGACUGGAUCACCCUGCUCACCCUGGAGCCUCAGGAGCGGUCAGCUGUGGUGCCCCUUCCUCAUCGGAACCCUGAGACCUGGGCCUUCCGUAUCCUGCCCACCCUGGGGGGCCAGCCAGGGACCCCAUCACAAAGCCAAGUCUACCAGGCCCGCCCCACCCUGAGCCCAGGGGCCAUUGCUGGCAUCGUCCUGGGUUCCCUACUGGGCCUGGCGCUCCUGGCAGCGCUUCUCUACCUGUGCAUCUGCUGCCUGUGCAGCUUUAGGGGAGACUCUCUGAAGACGAAGAAGCAUCCCCCCUCUUUGCCACCUGUGGUUCCCCCACUGGAAAAGAAGAUGCAGAGUGUAACCCCAGUGCAGACCCCACUGCCUCUGCCCCUCAAAGUCCCGCUGGAGGACCCUAGCCCAAACAAGGCUCACCAGGCCACUGGCCCCAGUCCAGUCAUCUCUCUGGGUGGGGGCCCAAGGACUGUUCGGGCAGCCACACAGGUGUGACCUGCUUUGCACAGGAGUUUUUGGGUAGGACUUCCUGGUAGGCAGGGCCAUCCUGUCCUGCUGUGACUAAAGACUGGACCCUGAAAGUGGGACUUCCUGUCUCCUCGUCAGUGCAGAAGACUCCACUUGUAUUUGCACAACCAAGCCGCUGUGGCUCCUGGGCUGGGAGAGACCCCCGCUGAUCUACCCGUGUGGUUUGCACACCCUCUAGGCAAGCAAGGGGCCUUCCUACGUCCCCUUGCUUCUCCAGGCCACCCCCAUGCAGCUCCCAGGGUCUUUGUCUUUUUUUUGUUUUUUUAAUGUUUACUUUUGAGAGAGAGCGUCUGCAAGUGGGGGUGGGGUAGAGAGAGAAGGAGGCAGGGUCCCAAGCGGGCUCCACACCGGCAGCAGAGACCCCAACGCGGGGCUCAAACUCAUGAACCGUGAGAUCGCGACCUGAGCUGAAGUCAGACACUUAACUGACUGAGCCCGCUAAGGCGUCCCCAGGGUCUUCAUCUUAAAACAGCUCAGACUGUGUCCUUUUCUCUUUAAACCCUUCCGUGGCUGCCCUUUGCCCUUCAGAAAUCUUCCUGCAUUCUCACUGUGAUUUUCAAAGCCUUAUGGUUUGGCCUCUUGGCCUCUGACCACCCCCUCCUGCACUUUCACCCCUGCUCCUUAAUUAACACAAGGCUUUUUUUUUUUUUCCGCCAGAUGCUGGAUUUGGCCUCCAGGGCUUUGCCCCAGAGGUUGCUCUGCUUGAAAUACCACUUUUUGCCCUGUGCCAUCCACCUCAGUGAUUUAUAGGAAAUAUAUAUUUGGUCAUUCAGAUGACCAAAAUAUGUUUUGCAGAUAUAUCUGGUCUUGAUCCACGGUUUCUGAAAAUGAUUCAGAGCCAUAAAAGCAAAAUACCCAUUUCUUGCUAUUAAUGAAGGUGACUUUUGGAUGCCCCCAAAGGCGGGGCUGGUUGCCUGGAGGGUAAAACCUGCAAAUGGGGGAUCUGGAACUUUCAGACCCAUCUCCAGGAGGGGGGGAAGGACUGGAGGUUGAAUCAGCCAAUGGCCAGUGACUUAGUCAAUCAUAAUUAUAUAAUGAAGCCUCCAUGAAAACCCAUAGGAACAGUGCUUUGGUCCAUUUUGGGAGAGCUUCCACUCUUGGUGAACCAGAGUGCUCCCACGUACCACUAAGCUGGACUCCAGGAUCCACAGGGACAGAAGUUCCUUUGUUUGGGAGCUUGCCCUGUGUAUCUCUUUGUCUGGCUGUUGACUCCUGUCCUUUAUCGUAUCCUUUAAUAAACUGAUCAAUGUAAAUAA